GGUGGAAACUCCUUUCAGACCUUGCGAUCUAUAGGGCAAAUGAUGUAAAGGUCAUCUGUUUCUUUGAUCCGCGGUUAACGUGGAUGUCAUUUGGCCAACGAAUGUCAGGUAACAAUUAGAGCUUGGUGAACUCGAAGUCGCCGAAAGAUCCCAAAAUUGAAAAUCCCAGUCUGCACCAGAAUUCGGAAGCCAAACGCUUUAUCACUCAGCCACCACAAGAUUCGUUUGUCCUUGAACAAAGAAAUAAUAAGACCAACUCCACGAACUAUUUACCAGCACGUCGUGGCACCCUAGGGAGGGGCCGCUCAGUAGUUUGGGAAAAGUUUGUGAUCUAUAACCUCGUCAUCAGUGUGAACAAAAGUUUCAGAUAUCGUCCGAUGGUAUUCAAAACAAAUAUGGCUGCCAUAGUCACACUUCGCUGUACUCUAGGCUUACGUCUGACGACAAGACCAAGUGUUUACAUUGCCAGAUUUUAUGCUUCGUUUCCAACAACUAAAUUAUUUAUCAACAAUGAGUUCGUGGAGUCAAGAACCAAGCAGUGGACUGAUUUAAAAAAUCCUGCAACCAACCAGGUUAUAUCCAGAGUACCAGAAAGUACAAUGGCAGAAAUGGAAGCUGCAGUUGCUGCAGCUAAAGAAGCUUUUCCCGCUUGGUCCAGAUCAACAAUUUUAUCAAGACAGCAGAUUAUGUUUAGACUUCACGAUCAAAUCAGUAAAAAUCUGGCACGUUUAACAGAAAUUUUAAUUCAAGAAUCAGGAAAGACAAGAAGUGAUGCAGAACGAGAGAGUCUUCGAUGUCUUGAUAUGGUGAAACAUUGCUGCAGUAUUCCAUCUUUACAUCUGGGCGAGUCACUUCAAAAUAUAUCUCAAGAUAUGGACAUAUUCACGUUCAGACUGCCGCUAGGUGUCACUGCUGGAAUCACACCUUUCAACUAUCCUGCGUUGAUCCCUCUUAUGUUGUUGACUUUUGCAACUGUCUGCGGAAACACGUUUGUACUGAAGACGUCAUCUUAUGAUCCCGGGGCUGUGAUGAUCUUGGUAGAACUGUGUAGAGAAUCUGGGUUUCCUCCUGGUGUUGUCAAUGUGAUACAUGGACGCAAAGAACCUGUCACUUUUCUAUGUGAUCACCCGGACAUCAAAGCGAUCUCUUUCAUUGGAUCGGACAAAGUCGGUAACUAUGUCUACGAGAGGGCGUGUAAAAAUGGAAAACGAGCGCAGUGUAAUCUUGGCGCCAAGAAUUACGUAGUUGUCUUGCCAGACGCCAACAAAGAAAGAACUUUGUCCAGUUUACUUUCUGGUGCGUAUGGCGGCUCUGGUCAGAGGUGUAUGUCCGUGUCCACAGCAAUAUUUGUUGGCGAGUCUAAAGAAUGGAUUUCAGAGCUUGUCGAGAAGGCGAAACAAUUCAAAGUCAAUGGCGGUUCUGACCCUGAAGCAGACAUUGGUCCACUCAUUUCACCUGAAGCUAAGAAGCGAGUCUGUGAUCUCCUUCAGUCUGGUGUUGAUGCAGGGGCCAAGUUGCUGCUUGAUGGCCGCAACAUAAAAGUGAAAGGUUUUGAAAAGGGAAACUUUGUGGGACCAACUAUCUUAAGUCACGUACAUCCCAAGAUGGAAUGUUACACUGCUGAAAUGUUUGGUCCGGUAUUAACCGUACUAGAAGUGAAUACAUUAGAUAACGCCAUCAACAUUGUCAGAACUAACCCUUAUGGGAAUUCAACCGCCAUCUUCACAACAAAUGGAGCUUCAGCGCGGAAGUAUACAAUGGAAUGUGAUGUGGGUCAGGUUGGUGUCAAUGUUGCCAUUCCUUUUCCAAAUCCAACUUUUUCAUUUACUGGGUCACGUGGUUCUUUUAAAGGCGAUCUCCAUUUAAAGGGAAAGCAGGGUCUCCAGUUUUUUACUCAGACUCAAACAGUGAUGCAGAUGUGGCGUUCAGAAAACGUUCUGUCAAGUAGACCUGCUACACCAAUGCCAGUACAUCAGUAACAAAAGACACGUUCCUUUUCAUAUUCAAUUCAAACUGUUUGAAAUUCAUCUAUCUAUAGUCUUCUUUACAACUUCAUCCAUGAUAUCUUUAAAAAAAAUGUCCUAUUCAAAGCAAGCAGCAAACGUGGUUAUGCAUCGUUGACGAUUGACGACCAAAAAUACAGUCAAGGACAUCAAACUGUUAGGUGUUUUCUGAAUCAGGAGCAACCUCUGGCUGAGAUAAAGUACAUGAACAAUGUCUAUAUUAAUGUCUUCCGUGCGGAACAUUCAACAACAUUAUUACGCUUCUGGAAAUCAUGCAACUGUAAAUUGUUUGAUGAAUUGAAUAAAUACUUAUAAUUUUUUUAUAUUUUUUAUAAUAAAAUAGUUGUUAAUAUUUAGAUACUGACUACAAAAUAUCUCUUAC